GCCAGGGAAGCCCGAGGCGGCCAGAUGAUUUCAAAUUCUCAGCAAUUUGAAUUUGAGUCUUCAGCCGCCUCCUGCUGAGCUGCAAGAACAGGAUGGAGGUGCUAUGACCACUUGACCAGUUUACUGUCCACCUGUCACACCUUUUUGUUAGAGUCGCCUUCCCUCGAGCGAUAAGUGCGGCAAGGUGGCCGGUGCUGCAAGAUGGCGGGAUCGGCGCCAUGUGCAUGCUUUCCUGCUUCUUUUCAAGCUCAAUGGAGCCACAUUGCCACCUAUGGACGCACACUGAGGCUGGAUCUGCCAGCCACAGCACUCGCGAUUACCAGACCAAGCCCGCACUUGGGCCUCCAUAACCCAGGCAGCAGGGGUGGGCGCUGGAUCGUCAAUGCGUCUAUUGCAGGGACAGGGGAGGUUUGCAAUGGGAGUGCGAAUGGGGUUCACUCAAAAGGUAGCGAGGCAGUGCCAGUGGCUAGGCACUGGCAAGAAAGGGCAGUGUCGUGGGUAGCUCAGCCUGCCGCACCAGGGGCCCUUAGGGACGCCACCGACUACUGUGACGUUCCUUUGAACUACUACCAGAUUCUGGGACUCCGAGAGUCGGCCACACAAGAUGAAGUCUGGCAUGCGCACCAGUGCGCUCUCAAGGCAUCCCUGGCAGAGGAGGGCUACUCCCAGCUGGCCAUCAGUGCUCGUAAAGAGAUCCUGGAUGCCGCUUAUUCGGUUCUUGGCAAGGACACGCAACGGAGGGAGUACACAGCACACGUGCGGCGCAGCAGGAACGGCGUCCUCUCAGUCCCCUGGGAGUGGGUGCCGGGACUGCUUAUUCUGGCACAGCAGGCAGGGGACGCGACCCUUGUUCUCAGUUGCGGGGAACAAGCGCUCCAGCGGACGACCCUUAACCCCCUGAAGGGGGACGUAGUGCUUGCGAUGGCGCUCGCACAAUGUUCCUUGGCUCGCGACGACUUCGAAGCGGACAGCGUGUGUUCUGCGUGUGCCCAUCUCCGGACGGCGCUGGAGCUGCUUCAGCAAGGGGGGGACCUGCCCCUCCGGCCAGACUUGCAGGCACAGAUUGAGCGCACCUUGACCGAGUGCGGUCCCGCCGCCAUCCUCGAGCACCUCGCCCAGCCUGCCACCCCGGGUAACCUCACCGCCCGCUCCGCCGCAGUCCGCCAGUCCUUGGAGCUAGUCCAGGCUGCACUCACGCAUGCCCCCCGGGGAGAUCAACUGGGAACCAGAGUGGGCUGGUUUUUGGCCGCGGCGCAGGAGAGCAUGGGGGCGGACGAGGGUGUGAAUGGGCUCCCCUGGGAGGCGAUUUCCAAGGCCUAUCGGGGGGGCGAAGUCGAUACCCCGGUGAUGCUUCGCGGGGCGAUGGCGCACUGUGCGCUGGGGUUUCGGAACCGGGAGCCGAAAAUGGUGGAGCAGUGCGGUGAGCUGUUGGGGUUGGUGGUGGACCGCGAGGGCGAGCGCGCCAGCGUGCACGCGGAGAUGGCCGUCGUGGCGCUGCUCCUGGGCCUGGUGGAUACGGCUCUUGACUGGCUGAGUGACGUUACCCCCCCUCCGCCGGGCAAGGUGCCGGUGGCCGGGUCAGUGGAAGAGGCGUUGCGAGCGCUGACCGAGGAAACUGAGAACGGCAACAAGGACGGGGUUAUGCACAACCUCUGCCUGUUCACGGAGCGUUUCCUCCACACCCGCAUCCUCGCCUCCUUUUGGGACACCCGCCGCAGCAGCCCCCCCCUCUCCACCUACCUCGAGGACAAGCGCGUGGAGCACUACUGGCAGUCCGCAGCAGGGGGAUCCCCCCGCACUGCUCUGCUCGCCUACGCACGUGCCACAGCAGAGGCCAUUCACACCGUCGUCGAAAAAACCAAGUGGGCGGUCCAGCACGCGCGCUCAAAGCUACGGGAGACGGCGAGCGUCCCCACCCCCCCAGAAAGUGAACCCACCGUUGCGGAGCAAACAGCGGCGGCACUCCUGAGAGACCGACGCCAUGUUCAAUCACUCGCCACCACCCGGGAAGAAAAGGCGAGCGUUCCCGACCCCCUGGAAAAUGAAGUCAACGUUGUGGAGCGCACGGCGGCUGCGCUUCUGAGCGACCGGCGGAACGGCGGCGCGGUGCGACCGAAGCUGCCCCCCCUUGCUUCUCCCGUCGUUCCACCCCCCCAAAGCGAGGGGGGCAUCGCCCCCCCCCUGCCAACAGCCGCUCUCCCUGCCAUUGAGAUUUACCCCCCUGAACGUCGAAGACCCCGCAGCCGGUCUCCUUCCCCGGAACGACCAGCUUUACCCCCCGUCGAAAAAAGGCUGGAAGCGCAGAGGCAGGGUGCGCAGCGGCGGUCACGGGUUGGAAAGAAAUCUUCGCUUCGGGGGGGCGACAUGACGGGCUUGGCGGGGGGGUUGCUGCUGGCGGGGGUCACGCUUCUGGUGGGGCUCGUAGGGCGGGAGAAGCUUUUCCGCCGGACGCCCGAAACGCCCCACGUGACGUCCGCUCGUCCGUCCGCAAAAGCGCCGCCGCUGGUUGUGAAACCCCCCCGAGUCCCACUCGCCGACACCCCCCCUCCGUCCACCUCCGGGGGGGUCAUCCCCGAGGGGGUACGCCUGCCGGACACGGUUCCCCCCGCAACGGAAUGGAAGCGGUCCGAGCCCCCCGCCGCGAUUGCGCUGCCGGCGAUGAGCAGCCGGGAAGCGGAGGCGCUCGUCCGAAAAUGGCACGCGGCGAAAGCGGACGCGCUCGGGCCCCAACAUGCGAAGGGGCGGCUGAGCGACGUCGCGCUCCCCCCCUUGAAAAUGCACUGGGCGAAAAUUGCGGAGGAUGCGCGGCGGGGGGGGCGGUAUUGGAACUACAAGUUGCUAGACGUUGCGGUGGACUCGGCGAAAGUGUGGCGGUCUCAGCGGGGGAGUGAGGAGGAGGCGAGCCUGGAAGUGACGAUCGAGGAGGCGGCGGAGCUGGUGGACACACGUGACGUCAGCGACAACGCGGUCUACUACAGCACCUAUCGUGCAAGAUACUCGUUGAGGCGAGUCGAUGGCGAUUGGAAGUUCUGUGAAGGUGGGAAAACAAGGUAGCAGCUUGAGAGCUCAUCACAUGGUAAUCUAGAGAAUUGACAACUCACUUAUGUGUAGAUCAUGCGAGCAUCGACUGGUAUUGAUAUUCUUGUUCAUCUGGAUGGUGGCUCAGGUGCAACUAGAGUAGAGCGUGACAAGUAGAAGUGCUUAUAACCCGUCAAAAGGUCCGAAGUCAUGAUCUUUGUCUGUUGAAUACAUGUUCUUACUUUGUCGUUGGUCAGCUAGCCACGCAGGCAGGUCAGUGUACCUUUGCGCACUUGAAUGGAGUUUGCAAACCGAAAUGCGAAAUGCGUACCUCUUCCAACUUAAGUGUAGAGAGCUAUGCAUGCACAUGCUCGCGUAGAGAGAGCAUCAUCCGUUCAAAUACUCGUCCUCUGGGAUAGUAGAGUAAUUCGAAAACAGGCGAGCGAGGUUGAAGCAUUUCAAACGUAUUGUGAUGCGUCCACAGUGGGAAGCAGUCCCCGGGAUACCGAUGUUGUGGUC